GUGAUGCUGCAGCCGCAGCGGCGGGCCGGGGGCUGCCGGGCGGGGACCCGAGCUGCGCGCGGGCCAGGCGGGAGCCCGGCCUCGGAAGGGGAUGCCUCCUGUCUCGAGCCGCAGGCACUCGCACCGGCCCCCCCUACGAUGAUCCCCCCGGCGAGCGGCACCCCUCCGGGAGAGGCUCUGCUCCCCACUUUGGCUCCUCAGGACUUCUGGAGGUCUCAGAUCUCCGGCUACACGGGGUCCGUGACCCGGCACAUCAGCCACCGAGCCAACAACUUCAAACGACACCCCAAGAGGAGGAAGUACAUUCGUCCCUCCCCGCCCCCGCCCCCCAACACCCCAUGUCCCAUCGAGCUGGUGGACUUUGGGGACCUGCACCCUCAGAGGUCCUUCCGGGAGCUGCUUUUCAAUGGCUGUAUUCUCUUCGGCAUCGAGUUCAGCUAUGCCAUGGAAACAGCGUAUGUGACCCCCGUGCUCCUACAGAUGGGCUUGCCCGACCAGCUCUACAGUCUGGUGUGGUUCAUCAGCCCCAUCCUCGGAUUCCUACUGCAGCCACUGUUGGGUGCUUGGAGUGACCGAUGUACCUCAAGGUUUGGAAGGAGACGCCCUUUCAUUCUUGUCCUGGCUAUAGGGGCGCUGCUGGGCCUCUCGCUCCUGCUCAACGGCAGGGACCUGGGCGCGGCGCUGGCCGACUCGGCUGACAACCACAAGUGGGGCCUCCUGCUCACGGUGUGCGGGGUCGUGCUGGUGGACUUCAGUGCGGACUCGGCAGACAACCCCAGCCACGCCUACAUGAUGGACGUGUGCGGCCCCGCCGACCAGGACCGGGGCCUCAACAUCCACGCCCUCCUGGCGGGCCUCGGAGGAGGAUUCGGGUACGUGGUCGGGGGCAUCCACUGGGACAAAACCAGCUUCGGGAGAGCCCUGGGCGGGCAGCUGAGGGUCAUUUACAUCUUCACCGCGGUCACCCUGAGCAUCACCACCGUCCUCACACUGGUCAGCAUCCCCGAGAGACCCCUGCGGCCCCCCGGCGAGAAGAAGGCCACCAUGAAGAGCCCCAGCCUCCCCCUACCGCCCUCCCCUCCCAUGCUGUGCGAGGAGGGGGCCGGCGAGCCCCUCCCCUGCCACCCGGCCACCAGCCUGUACGCCAGCUUCUCCAGCCCCAUCUCCCCGCUCAGCCCCCUGACGCCCAAGUACGGCAGCUUCACCAGCAGGGACGGCUCCCUGACCGGCAUCAACGAGUUCGCCUCGUCCUUCGCCACCUCCAACAUCGACAGCGUGCUCAUCGACUGCUUCACGGGCGGCCACGACAACUACCUGGCCAUCCCCAGCAGCGCCCCGCCACAGGCCAUUAGCCUCAGCUUCCCCCGGGCCCCCGACGGCUUCUACCGCCGGGACUGCGGCCUCGGGGACAGGCGGGAGGUGGCGCUGGCCGCCGGCCCCGACGGGGACGUGCUGAGGGUGGGCUCCCUGGACGCCCCCAAACCGCGAUCGGCCGGGAUCCUGAAGAGACCCCAGACCCUGGCCAUCCCGGAUGCGGCCGGAGGAGGGGGCCCCGAAACCAGCCGGAGGAGGAACGUGACCUUCAGUCAGCAGGUGGCAAAUAUUUUACUGAACGGCGUCAAGUACGAGAGCGAGCUGGCGGGCUCCAGCGAGCCGUCGGGGCAGCCUCUGUCCAUGAGGCACCUGUGUGUCACCAUCUGCAACAUGCCCAAGGCGCUUCGCAAUCUCUGCGUCAACCACUUCCUGGGGUGGCUGUCGUUCGAGGGAAUGCUGCUGUUCUACACGGACUUCAUGGGUGAGGUGGUGUUUCAGGGAGACCCCAAAGCCCCGCACACGUCGGAACAAUAUCAGAAAUACAACAGCGGCGUCACCAUGGGCUGCUGGGGGAUGUGCAUUUACGCCUUCAGCGCCGCCUUCUACUCAGCUAUUCUCGAGAAGCUAGAAGAAUACCUCAGCAUCCGCACACUGUACUUCAUUGCCUACCUGGCCUUUGGCCUGGGGACCGGGCUCGCCACCCUGUCCAGGAACCUGUACGUGGUCCUGUCGCUCUGCAUAACCUACGGGAUUUUAUUUUCCACCCUGUGCACCCUGCCCUACUCGCUUCUGUGCGAUUACUACCAGAACAAAAAGAUGGCAGUGGGAGCGGCCACAGGAUCCAAACCUCGAGGAGGCCCCGGACCCGCUGAGAGCCACGCCCGCUGGGUUUCCACAUCUCAGAGAAUCGCUCUCUUCGCUUCGAAAAGGAGCCGUGAGGACGGCGAGGACAGUGGCCACUGCUCACGAGUCCCGGAGUCCUGCCCAGGCCGCGUGGCGAGCUCGGCGGCUUCUUCAGUCUUCUGGCUUCAUCGCCCCCCCCCCCACCCCCGCUCCCCCAGUCAGGGGCAGGGGCUAGUUCCGCUCCGUCUCGCAGACCGACCUGGACCCCGACACAAGCACACUAACUCCCUGGUCCAGGUCACACAGGGUCCCACCCUGGUACCAGGGGCCUCGGACUCUGGCCUCACGCCGCUUGAUGUUUCUGGAGUGAGUGUUGGGCCGCCGCGGUCCCUGCCCCCAGCCUGUCUCGGCCUGGCUGUAAGAGGAAAGGGCGAGGAAGCCUUGGCUCUGUGGGCCGGCGAUGAGACGGACCCUGUCCGAGCCGCUGAGGCCCAGGCACUCCUGACUUCGCCGGCAAACCUGAGCCGUCGACUCUCGUCGCUUGCUGCUGCCUGGGAAUGAACACACCGCCUCUGCCUGCGGGGCCAGGGGCCAGUCACGAAACCACAGCCUCCCCGUCUGGUGUCUGCCUUCCCAGGCUGCUAGACCCUGGUCUGGGAUACGGGGACUGGGUGAGGCAGCAGCCCCGCCACCCAUCACACCGGGCCACAAGUCUCGAGGGAACGGAGGUGGCUUCCCUGGAAUGUGCCAGAACUGACAAGUGCCAGGCCCCGCGGUGCGGUGAGGCGCUCCACUCCUUCCUGCCCCCUGGUCGUGUUUACGGGGUCUGCAGGUGCGUGCCGUGCCCCCGUCCUGGCUGUGAGGGCGGAGGGCAGCGGAGGACCCUCUUCCUGGAGGACUCGGGAGGAGAGGAGACAUCCAGAGAUGGGGCACAUUUGGGGCACGGGACCCUCGGGGGCAGCGGCAGCUCAGGGGGACUCUUCAGGGGGCUACUGAGGCCACCGUGCCAGAAAUCGUCACUGCUGGGGACGUCCCACGGGGUGAUCGCCACUCAGCGAGGGUUUACUGAACACCCAGCGUGGGGACUGUGGCUGAGAACAAGAGAAGCGGCCCCUGUCCUCCCAUCGUAACAUACCAUGCUGGCCCUUGGCCCCCAGAUCUCGCCCCUGCUCCUGGGACCUCUUCCGGUGACCCUUUGCCCAGAACACCCCGCCCCUUCACCUCUGACCCACCAGCCUGGCUGCCGGACUCCAGGAAACGUCUGUUCUUUUCCAGAAUACUCGACGUCAUUCCUACACACCUCUCCCCAUCAUCGCAGGGCCGGGGACCUCGACAGGUCCCUGCAGCCAGAGCGGCAGAUGAGCGGCGUCAGGGCUUUACAGACGGCGCCACCUGGCGGUCAGGACCGGGAGUGGUAGCGAGGACCGAGUUUCCAAUCUAUUCUGUGGCCCUGCCGUGUAGCUGAGCCCGUGCAAAAGAAGGGGAGCAGAGGGGACCUGGGAGUGACAUGUGGUGGCCAGGCACGUAGAAGACAUCAGCCCUUAAACAGCUUGUCCUCAUGAGGUUGAAAGCGUCUUCUAAGACGUGCCUUAAAGUCCCAUCUUUAAUUAAGUCACUACAUUGAGUGUCCACACCCUAGGGGUUCCCCAGAGGCCACCAGCGGAUGCCCCCUCCCCAACUGAAUCCCAGGGCCGGAGCCGGAGGGGCUGUGAUGUCCCAGAGCAGGCACAGCUGGUCAGGGGGAGGCGGGGUUGAGAGCGGCUUGAGGGAGAAAGGGGGCCACUUCAGGUGCCACAGUAGCGACCAGCUCCUCGGAGGGGGCCCAAGGGCAACCUCACCUCCACCAACCGCUCCACAGCGCAUCUGGACAGUGUGCACCACGGAGUCUCCCUCUGCAAGGGGGCCCUGGUGAUUCAGUCAGCAAAGGUUUGCAAAGCAAGUGCCUUCCACCCACUGGGACCCGGUCCGGUAACGAGGUGCCCAAGGUAAGGGGGAGCCGGGUUGGGGUGGGGGGACACAAGCACAGCUUCCGCAGCCUGGGUCCCCGAUGUGCCAAAAGGAAACCGUUAUGACUUGGAAGCUGUUCCCGGCAAACGCAGCUACCGGAGCAGCUGCCUUGGGUCAGAGCACCGGGGCCCAGGACUCAAGCUGCCCAGAGCACCCCAGGGCAGCUGGGAACCCAGUGAGAACCCAGGGAAAGGACACCUCGGAUACGGAGACCUCCAAGGACCAAAAAUGCAGGACAAAGAAGCCAGCG